CUGAAAUUGCGCACCCACAUCAAGUGGAUAUAAAGAGGGCCGGGGUCAAAAGGAAAUCAGUAGCAAGUCGGCAACGCCAAGCUUCACAUUAACCUCCUGAUCAACCGACCUAGUACCAAUCAUGUCGUCGACCAAUGAAACCAACCAAGUGCUGCAGCGCCUAAACAGCUUGAAAAUCGUGGAAACCCCAAAGGAGCAGAGGGAGUUGGGGAAACGCGAGUGCUACUCCCUGGACAGCAAGAAGUAUUCCCUGGUACCAGCCACCCCUAGCAGCGGAGGACACGGAAAGUUCCAAACCGAGCUCAAAAAGCGUCGCAAAAACAAACUGAAUCGCAUGUGCACUUACGAGGCUGACAAGCUUUUUAUCAAGGCGCGCAAAUCCUUGAAUUUCUAGUCAUAAUACGAGCCGAUGUAAUCACCUUAGUCAUAAGCAGCAUUGAUUUCAAAUCGUACAAGUCACAAUUUUCUCGCGCUCUAGCACAAAAAAUAUAUACAAAUACAUUUAAAAUA